UUGACAGUUAGUCUUGGUAAUUGGUGGGAGUGAUUCAAUUACAUUAUUUCAAUUUACUUUUCUAGUUUAUAUUACCAUUAUUUUUUAUUAAUUGUGGUCUUAGAAUGUACAAUUGAAAAUUAAAUACCGAGAAUGGCUGCUGCUGACGAGGAUAAAAUAUUAGAAGGCUUUCUUUGUCCUAUUUGUAAAGCUGACUUGAAAUCAGCGUCACAACUAACGAGCCACUUUGAGAAUUUACACCAAGAAGAACAAGAUGUUCUCAAAUCUCUAAAGGAUAUAUUUGGUAAAGCGAAAAAGAUUAUAUUGAAUAGUGACGAUACGGAUUUGAAAGAAACCUUUGAUCGUGCGUUAAAAUUUAAUCAACAAGAGCAAUAUUAUUCUCAAGAAGAACAGGUAAUAGGUGUGUCCCGAAGUUCUACCGACUAUUUUAAGGCUGUACGGUCUUCGAGACUGGAGAGGUAUGCGACGGAAACUAAUAAUUUGCUAAUAAGACUAGAUAAAUUAGUGUGUAAUAUGCCAGAAGAACCAAACCAAAGAAAACAGCAUGAACAGGAAGUUGUACCAUGGUUGGAUGGGACAUCAGUGAAACUUUGUCCAAGCUGUGCUAAAUCUUUCAACCUGACUAGAAGAAAACAUCAUUGUAGAUUGUGUGGCUCCAUUCUUUGUCAUGAUUGUUCUGUGUUCCUUGAUUUAAAAAUUGCUAGAGGGAUUGUUGACCCAUCAGCCUCUCAGGUUUCCUCAGAACCAGAUCCUGAUUCAGAAAGGUCACGGCUACGACUUUGUGAGCAUUGUUAUAAACUAAUAGAACUACGGAAACAAGUGCAGGAGAGUCGGAACGCUAAGACUGUAUUGAUGACAGCUUAUGAGCAGAUGAGAAGUUUGAUGGAACAGGCUAAAUCAGCUGUUGCUAUGUAUGAAAAAAUGUGUCAAAGUUUAUUUGAUGGCGAGACAACAUACAACCUUUCUGAUGUGAAUGCAAUGCGUGGUCGCAUAGGCAAGUUAGCAGAGGGUAUUGACUUACUGAGCAAGCAGAUAGCUAGUUUCCCAGCAGAGCCUGGGACUAGACAGUUAAAGCUACAGAAUUCUAUUAGACAGGCUGCAGCACAUUAUAUAAAGGAGGAUCUCAUAUCCCUCCGCAAGUUACCAACAGAAGCUCAAAUAGAGGAAGUCCGGCGACAGCGGUACGAGCGUGCCGAGAGGCAGAUACAAAUGGAGCGGCAGCGGAUGGAAAUGGAACGCGCUGUGGACACGGCCGGGCCCAGCUCGUCCAGGGUCCAGCACAAUGAUGUCGACGAUGACAACCCGUUGAUCGAGCAAAUGAACAUCAUUAGAGGCUACAUCAAGGAAGCUAGGAAAGAGCUUAGGUUUGAAGAGGUCGCAAUAUUAGAAGCAAAUCUAAAAGAUCUGAAGAAAGAAUAUCACUUACAAAUGCUCUCUAACAAAACCUAGUCAUUUUAAAUUAAAAUUAUUAAUUAAAUAUGUUAUUCCAUUUGUUUUAUAUUUAAUAAGCUAUUAUUGGUUAGUUGUAAAAUUUGUACCUAAUUAUUUAUUUUAGGUAUAAGAAAUAAACAAAUUUACAAAAA